GUGGGAACAACCUGCAUAAUCCUUUUCUUUUUCCAUCUAUUCUUCACCUUUGCUUCCCCUUUUUUUGUUCUUCUAACCUCAAAUUAGAAACGACAACGAUCAUGGUUCAAGCUCGCGUUCAACUGUGCUUUCUCGGAAAAAAUGCUCUUCGAGUUCCGAGAACGAAGAUGGCGUCGUCUCGUCUGUAUUCAACAGGUAGUUCAUGCUGGGACAGUGAUGUUGGUAUUGUUGAUAUGAAGAAAAAGGAGAGUGAGUGACCCGAGUCUUUUCGUUAUUGACGUUGAUUUUUCUUGUGUAAUAGCAAACGUAAGGAUGCCCGAGUAUGGAGUGUUACAUCUUAUAAGUGAAUUAACCUGUACUUUGCGAAUGAACGGACAAACGAACAAAAAUAGGCUGGCAACAGAAAACAAGCAAUCGGUAUUAUUGGCUUGGGUCAAAUGGGACACGGUAUGGCAAAGAACCUUGCAGCCAAGACCCAGGGUGAUCUUUUAGUGUUCGAUGUGAACAAAGCCGCCGUUGAAAAGUUCGUUGACGAAUAUCCAAAAGCCAAAGCAGCCGACAGUCCCGCCGAGCUGGCUGACAAGGCGGCUACCGUGAUCACCAUGCUUCCAGAGGCUGGUCACGUGCAAUCCGUCUACUCUUCGUUGAUCGAUGCGAUCGAUCAAGAUAGCUUGUUGAUCGACUCCAGCACCAUUGACGCCGAGUCUGCACGCACGCUUGCCAAACAAGUCGUGGACAGAAAGGCUACACCAUUUGAUGCUCCUGUGAGUGGAGGUGUCGUGGGUGCUGAAAAUGGCACACUGACGUUCAUGGUGGGCGCACCUUCGGAGGCAAGUUUUGAAAAAAUCAGACCGACACUUGCGUUGAUGGGCCGCAACGCAGUACACUGUGGCGGCAAUGGCACGGGACAAGUUGCCAAGUUAUGCAACAACAUGCUGUUGGCCGUUUCCAUGAUUGGCGUCUCGGAAGCCCUGUUGCUAGCCGGUCGUCUCGGCAUGGACCCGGCCUUGAUGGCAUCGAUUAUGAACAGCUCGACAGGCCGUUGCUGGAGCUCGGACACAAACAACCCCCAUCCAGGUGUGAUCCCAACGGCACCGGCGAACCGAGAAUAUGCUGGUGGAUUCGCAAAUAAGCUGAUGGCUAAAGAUUUAAGACUGGCCAUGAAGGCCGCAUUUGAUUCAGGCACGACUCCGAUCUUGGGGACCACAGCGGCUCAAGUAUACAGCGACCUGUCAACAAUGAACGAUUACGGCAAACUUGACUUUUCGAGCGUCUACAAGGUGAGUCAGCUUUCAGCAGAUACACGUGCUUGCAGCAACACGCGCAAGCAACAGCAUAUGACCGACAAGAACUAACAACCCUUUCCUAAUGUUAGUGGAUGCACACGAAUGCUAACUUUGUCGAUAACGAAGGCGACAAGAAGAAGGUUGAAAGUGCUUGAGGGAUGAGUACUACUGCCACUACUUGAAACACACAUUACACAUUUCUCACUCCAAUUUGCUGCUGUUGGGUUUGGUUCAGAAUAAGAGUCUAUAAUAGCAUUAUGUAUUUUUGUAUAUCCUUU